AUGCCACCCCAACCUCUCUAUGCGUUCCAAAAUGGAAUUCAGAUGAAUGAUAUCCAUGAACUGAAAGACAUAACAAAUUUGUACAUCCUAACCAUGAAAACAUACCUCCAUGAAACCCGACUAACCACCAUGAACAUCCUCAACUCCCGCCUUCCGCCAGCAGUUAACAUCAUUGACCUUCAACCAAAUACUGACCUUCAGCUUGUUGAUCCUAAAUCAACCAAACCAGAUCCUUCAAUGAAACCAGAUCCUUCAACUGUACCUGGCCCUCCAACCGAACCAGAUCCUUCAACCAAACCAAAUCCUGAUCCUUCAAUCGGAACAGAUCCCUCAACUAACCCAGAUCCUUCAACCAAACCAAAUCCGUCAACCGAACCCAAUCCUUCAAACAAACUAGAACCUUCUACCGAACCAAAUCAUUCAACCAAACCAGCUCCUCCAACCAAACUAGAUCCAUCAACCGAACCCACUUCAGCAACUGAUCCAGAUCCUCAACUAAACCAGAUCCUCCAACCAAUCCAAAUCCUUCAACCAAACCAGAUAUACCCUUCAACCAAGCCUGAUCCUUCAACAGAACCAAAUUCAGGAACUGAUUCAGAUCCUUCAACCAAACCAAAUCCAGAUCCUUUAACCAAACCACAUACGUCCACUGAACCAGAUCGAUCAACUGAACCCAAUCCUUCAACCAAACCAGACCCUUCAACUGACCCAGAUCCUUCUACCAAACCAAAUCCUAUGACCAAACCAGAUCCUUUGACCAAACCCGCUCUUCCAACCAAACCAUAUCCUUCAACUGAACCUGAUCCUCCUACCGUACCACAUAUGAUCUCUAACCGGAAAUAA